UCCCCUAUUUAUUUUAUAUAGUAUAUAUAUUAAGACUGUUUUUAAGAUGAGUAUGUUAGUUCGCAAAAAUCCGGAGUGGCUUUCAGGUUUAUUAAAGCAAAACAGUUUCACUCAUGAGUCAUAUUACAAGGAGAUUAGACAUAACCACAAGCCGCAUGGUAUAUGCGCAUUGGCAUAUCUUGGCUUUUCUGAAGAACGGACACGCAGCUACAUUAAUGAGCUCAACAAACACAUACCAGAAUUGAAGGCGGAUAAACCACUUACUGAACGAGCGUUAAUAGAUUAUGUGAAGUCUGUCAAACUAAUCGAUUAUCGAGGCAAGAACAAUGGAUUUUACGCCAUGAAAGAAAAAUAUGAAGAUUUGUUAAAAAACAAAUACAACGGCGAUGUUAUCAAAAUGAUUAAGGACGUCGUACCAGCUAUCAUUGAUGGACCGCUGUACAGCGCAUUUCAUGGUAGUAUUUCAAUUGCGUACGGUUACCUUGGAAACAGCCCUGAAACAAUGCUGGAAGGAUUGAUAUUCAUGGACCAACAGUAUUCUCCCAUGUUGUCCGAUGAACCGGACCACCACAAAAGAAAAGAUUUGAGUAACUUUGGCCGUGGAAAGACGAAUAUUUUAGACAUUUUUCAAAAACUUCAUGACAACAAGGAGCUGGUGAAGGAGCUGAAAGAAGAAGAAGAGAAAGAUAAAAAGUUCCGAGUUGACACCCAUAUGGCUGGUGUUUAUGGGUGGCCUGCACCCAAGUACCAUGGAGAGUACUUCCUUGACAUGGCAGAUGAUAUUCAAUUUCCAGAAUGGUUUGACCCGGAAAAAGAAGACAUGGAUCAGUUGUUCCGUGUUGUUGAUUGGCUCGGUGACAACGCUGUUGUUGUGUAUGUCAAAGCUGAGACAAAAAAUGAUUUCUUUCUGCUUCAUGGAAUAACAGGUUCUUGGUCAUACAGACAGAUCUGUCAUCUUUUUGAUUACAAGACUGCUUUGCGUGGCCUCCGUGCAUUGGUUGCAGGUCUUCUCGCAGUCUAUAUGACCCAACAAGCUCCAGCAUUGUCUCGCUCACCAGAAGAAUUUUUUGAAGGUGAAGUUAAUCAAGCAAAAUGGGACGCGUUCAUGAAGGAGUUACUGGAAGAUGAAACAAAUUAUGAAAUGCACGCGUUGAAGGUGAUACAAUGUUGUUACGAAUUUUGGUUGAAGCGUCCAGAAAUGGGGAAUUAUUACUACGCAGCAGCUGUUAUUGCGAAACGUUAUUUUUUCUCCUUUGGGGACGAGGUGACAUUUCCGAAUAAUGAUUUAUCAGCCUAAUGUUUCCACCAUCACUUUCUGCACCUGCGUAGGAGAGUAAAAUGGUUAUUGCUCUUUAUCAUGGUGAUUUGGCUACUGGUUAUUCUAUAUGCAGUACAUCAUCGAUGAUCGCUCCAACAUCUUCGUCUCCGUUUACGGUUUUUCUUUGCGACUUGUAACUCCUUCCUGUUCAUGUUUUAUACAUUUACGUUUUUUGUUAUGACUUUUCUAUUUUUUGUUAGGUUUUUUACGUUUCCUAAUUAGUGGAAAUUAUCUACAUAUCUACUUCGACAACUUUUUUGUCUGGAAGAUGUAAAAAGUUUUACUUCUGCUACUAAAUAUAUUUUAUUUGCCCCUCUAACACGAAUUUUUAUAAAUAAAGUUUUAUUUUUUCUGA